AAACUAGAUUGUCAGUUUUAAUAAUGUUACUAAUUAUAAACUGGUAUUUUAAUCAUUUUAAAAACAAAUUGUUAAAUCCACUGAGUUAGAACGAUAUUUAUGUCUUUAAGAAUUUGCCACUUCAGGCGAGAGGCGGGACACGAAUGAGCCAAUCAGCGAGCUGCAAGAGGAGCCCUACCAAAUGUUUUUUUUUAUUAAUUUUUUUAAAUACAAACUCUGUUAUCACUUCCGGAUUUUAAUUUCGACACAGUCAAAAAUGAAAGAGAUAUUAGGAAAGUUAUGAACAACAUCAAUAUUUUGAUCCCACGUGACGUUCAACACCAAACCACAACUUGACGCUCAGUGACUGGAUUUACCUGCCACACCUGUGUGACUUCAGCAUCUACCAAUCAGCAGAGGAGGAAACAGCGCGUGCGCACACACACACACACACACACACAUUCUGAGAGGACAGAAAAUGGAAGAUCAGUGGAAUGUGAUGUGGAACAACGAGAGGAACAGCAUUCUUAGACUUCGAAAGAGAGAGAGAGAGAAUUAUUGAGAUUUCCCCAUGAAAUUUCUCCAGUUUAUCAGCAGUACACUUAUCUACAGGAACCUCCACCAUAAUGCUGCUUGAUGAAGGUGGCAAACACGUUUCCUUGUCUGUCAUAUGUAUCCCAUAAUUCUGUGCAGCAGGCAGCGUGGAGAAAAAAUGAUGGUAAAACAUGGAGGAACAGGCACGGUCGAUUCGUUGGUCCGUUGGGUCGGCUUGCUUUCUCGCCACAAGCGAACCGCUCCAGAGUUCGUUUGCGAUGUGGUCGGGGCCACCUCGUUCGUGUUAUCUCGGACCGAUUGUAUUGGUGUGGAUCCGAGCGCGAUUGCCGUGUUCAUGUAUGUCUAAACAAACCGAACCAAGGAUGGAAAACGCACGAGGUUCCGAAACAAACGCUGCAAACGAGCCAGGUGUGAAAAUGCCCUGAAUGAGAUAAAUGUCCUUUCAUGUCUGUAAGUCGCUCUGGAUGAUGGUGUCUGCCAAAUGAUAUAAAUGUAAAUGGAUGUAGAUUCAGAUCCCUAACAAACAAGCCAGAGGUGACUGGUGAAGAAGAAACUCCCUCCCUCAUGGAUCCAGAACCCGACCCUAAAGGGAUACCGGAUAGUGCGAUUAUAAAUCAUUAGUGUGCAGGUGUAGAAGAGUAGACACACGGUACGGAGUGUGUUUACAGGAUGUUCAGUACGAGCAGCAUGUGGAAUCAUCUAGAGAAACAGAAGUCUGUGUUUAACUGUGUAAAGAGGUGAAUAUUUAUCCACACACUGACAACCGGAUCAGUUAAUGAGUAAUUCCCAGAGAGCGGACUUUGUUUCCUCUCCGUCGGUCUCUCUUUCACCAGGAAGAACCAAUGAUUUGAAAAGACGAAAUUUGUUGACGUCUUCCAUUUUGUUGAAUUUGACCUCCUGCACAUGUCCCGUGAGUCUGAAUGGACAAUCGGACUUCUGAUCCAUGAGAAAGAGGAAAGAGAGAGAGAGAGAGAGAGAGAGACAGCCUUUUAAUCUACAGGAGAGAAAGACCAAGACAGAGAGGAUCCACACCCAUGCAGCGAUGAAAGAAAACCUGUUUCCAGUCUUUCACUCUGAACCGUCUGGCGAGAACAGAGAAGAGGACACGGUGAACGGCAGUGAGGAAAGGACGUCGGGUCGGGAGAGCAGGACGGAGAGCGAGAGACAGCUGGAUGGAGGACAGGAGAGAUGGAGGGAUGAAGAUGGAUCACUGGCAGAUGAUGAAGAUGACGACGAUGAUGAUGGCCAUAGAAUGAGUUUUGCGUUCACUCCUCUGGUGAAGAUUGUGAGGACAACGGCUGAAAAACAGACGGAGUGCUACGACGUCCGAGCCGAUGAUGUCAGAGCCGACGAUGUCAGAGCCGAUGAUGUCAGCACGUACUGGGAAAGCACAAAGCAGAGUCCUCGGAGCUGUUGUGUGUGUUGUGGUGAGAUGAUGAGCUCGGUCAUGUUUUUUUUAGCGGGAGUAGUGAUGUUUCCGCUCCUCGUGUGGGGGGGUCAUGACCUCUUGCCCAUAGACCUCCCUGUGGUUAUGGGCGCCCCCUCCAGGCUGGUGUACACACUGCGCUGUUCGCUCUUCGCCACCUUCCCCAUCAUACUAGGUGUGUUGGUACACGGCGUGUCUCGUCUGAAGUUCAGUUCUCUGAAUCCUCUGUUUGAGCGGAAGUGUGCGAGUCAUCACACACUCGUCCACAUGACCUACGUCCAGGAUUCUCUCCGCCUCUUCCUGCUGUUCUUCGUGCAGCUCGCCGUGAUGUCCACGUACAUCCACCAUGACGCUCUCAAACUCGUCCCACUGCUCACCAUCGUCUUCGUCUUCGGCAGGUUGAUCUACUGGCCGAGUGUGUGUUUCGGCAGCAGUGUGCGUGUGUUGGGGUUCUCCUUGUCCUUCCUGCCCAUUCUCGUUCUGAUGGGACUCAAUCUCUACUUCAUCUGCUCCUCAACAGGAGAGGGGGUGGUGUUUGAUGUAGCUCCACCCACCACAGCCCCACCCCCUAAAGCCAGGUGGUGGGGUUAAACAGUAAACAUGCUAAUAAAAACUCUGAUUCCCCACUCAUGUGCAGGGCAUUAUGGGUAACACACACACACACACACACACACACACACACACACACACACACA